AAAUUGUCUAUUAUGUUUUAUUAGGAAACCUUUCCUUUCUUCAGCAACAGAUGUGGAGUCAAGUAGACCUGAGUUUAAAUCCUAUCUCAGAUAGUCACUAACUAUAUAACCUUGGCAAGUCACUUAAUUUUGGUCUGCCUCAGUAUUUCCUCAUCUGUAAAGCAAGGAUAAUAAUAGCAGCUAUCUUGUUAUGAGGAGAAAAUGAAACAAUAUUUAUAAAGCAUUUUGUAAAUCUUUAAGCACUAUACAAAUGCUAGCUGUUAAUAAUAAAAUAAUGGGCAUUUAUAGGCUUCAUUAGACUGUUAAGGAGUCCAAAAUCAAACCAAAACCAAAAUUAAAAAAAAAAAACUAUUAAUAACCUUUUACCAAAUCCAGUACUUUCAGGUCAUUCAAUAAGCUAGUAAUAAUAGAACAGAAUUUUCAAAUCAAGUCUUCUGACUGUCAAUCUGUAAAGAUAAUUUUAGGGUUGUGACUUAAAAUCUAGAGUUAAUUGGUCACUGGGAAAAAUCCCAAGUAAAAUACCCAAGUCAGUCUGGAAAUUUAUUGUAAUUUAAUUAAUAUAGAGGGAGGGAGUUUAAGGAGAAGGAGAGAAGAGGAUAUAGGAUUCUCCUGCCUGGCCUGUGCUAGGGGGAGUUUUAAAAUCCCCGCCUCUAAGUCUCUGAAGAAGAUUAGAGGGUUCUAAGGGGAUAAAGUUGGAAAAGUAAAGGAGGGAAACUCAGCCAGAAACUCACCACCGAACCCGACAAUAGCUUGUAGCCAUGCUAAGAUGCUGAAAGGCCAGCACACUGCUAUCAGCCAAUUAUCCAUCGCAAAGGUUGCCAGAGAGAGGAAGUGAACCAAAUAUAUAGAUCUUUCACCCUUGUGUCUCUGCCUCUAAAUUUUCACUGUCUACCAAUCAUAUCAAAAGCUUUUUUCCAGGACUGCCCAUACUUUUAGUUCUCAUCUUCUUUUGAUUUGAUUAUAUCUUUAGAGUUACUUAACAUUUUUUUUUGUUAAAUUCACCUUUUGUUAGUUACUUUACCUUUCUGUGAUUAAUUUAACCUUUAUAGUUACUUAACAUCUUUUUGUAUUAAGAUACUUAAAAUAGACUUAAAUUAAAUUUCUAGCUUCACUAAAAGGUAAGAGUUAAGUACCUUCAUUGUUCAAUCAGGAGACUGCAACUUUAUCUUCCCCUAAAGUACGUCUAAUUAGGGUGGAGUAAUUUAAAGUUCCCAAUACAUUCCUGAUUUUGUUAAACUAAGUAUCUUCAUUGUUACAAUCAGGAAACAGCUAAAUUCAAUUUUCACAAAUCCAAAACUCUUUCCAUUUAUAUUACAUUCCUAACUAAAAAUCUCUUUGAAAGGAAAAACCAUGUAACUAUGUGCUGAGAAAUAAUAACACAGCAUAUAAGUUAUAAUUCAGGUUGGCAGAAACCAGAUCUGGGAUGAAAGUACGGUGGUCUCUAUUGGGGUCAAUAUACCUCAUCCAACCCCAUAAUUUUACAGAUGGCUCCCAUGUACCAGAUGAAGAUCAAUCUGCAGCAAUAGCCAUUUGGCUAUUGAAGCAAUUGGAAAGCCUGUUUCAGGAUGUUCUAUAUCUGUGUUUUUGUCUCCCCAUCAAAAUUAUGAACUCUUUGAGGAAUGUGUAUGUGUGUGUGUCUUUUCAUCUAUUUAUUUUCCCUUUUUCCCAAUAAUAAGUUAUCUAUGGGGAAAAAAAGAUGAUGCUGGGCAACUUUAAAUGUUUAAAGUCCCCUGGGUGAAAAUGCUGAAAAAAUAAGAUAAAAAGCACUUAGCAAUUCCACUGAAAUAUUAGAUAGAUAUAAGACAUACAUCAUGAAUUUUAAAAUGUAAAGAAAAAUGUUCAAGAAAAGAAGUUUCUCUAAUUUCUAAAAUGAGAUUUAGUGAGACAUAUGCAUUGUUUAGACUGGAGAAGAGUUAAAAGUAGAUCAAAGUGACCCCCACGUGGAAGGUGAAGAUGAGUUUGUCAGAAUUUUCCUCUAGAGUCAAGUCUUUAAAGUUUAUUCAGACCUGACUUAGUUUCAUUACAUAAUGGGUAUACUGUAAGCAUGUUUUUAGAUUGUUUCAGAUUUUUUACUUUAAAAAAAUUAUAAUUCCCCAUUUUGUCCUAUAUCUUAAAUCUUUCAUGUAGUGGGAACAGCACUAGACUGGAUUUCUGCCUUUAGAAAACCCUUAUCUUCUAUUUUAGAAUCAAUACCAUGAAUUGGUUCCAAAGCAGAAGAGUAAUAAAGACUGGGCCACUGUGGCUUAGUGACUUGUGCAAGGUUACAUAGCUAGGAAAUAUCUAAGGUCAAAUUUGAACCCAGGACCUCUUGGUUUCUAGGCCUGACUUUCAAUACACUGAGCCACUAGCUGCCCCCCCUCUGGAAUAGAUAUUAAGGAGAAUGGGUUCUGCUAUUACUUCUGUGAUCUUGGGCAAGUCACUUUAUCUCUCUGCUUCAGUUUCUUCAUCUGUCAAACAAGGGAAUCAACCUCUGAUGUUCCUUCCAGUUCUAAUAUUCUAAUGGUUCAUGUAGUUCCACUAGUGUGGUCACUGGAAAACUGAGAUGCAUCCUUUCCUUGCUGAGUCAGAGACAUAAAUCCACCUAAUUGUUUAAUAUGAAAGGUUAAACCAUCAUCUCUAUGGUUUGCAUGCAUUUACUCUUCUCUGAGGUUUUUACUGCAGAAAAAUAGGUGGAGUUAAUUUUUGCCUGUGACAAACUGCUUGAAUGAGCUAUGAUUUCAGUUAAAAAGGGUCAGGGUUGUAAAAAGGAAACAGAAGAUAAGCUUGUGAUAGAGAGCAAUUUAAAGGCAACAAAUAAGUAUAAGAUAACAUGGUCCAGAGUAAUCAUAAACGGCUCUGCGGUUCAGAUACGGCCAAACAACUGAAGACUGCUUAGUGUACGUCUGUGAGAAAGCUCAGUUGAUGAUGAUUCUUUCUACCUAUAAUACGAUCCAGUCAAUUUUCUGUUGCUGUUGCGCCGUUCAGAAAAGACAAGUGAGAACACAAUUGAGCCUGAACAAUGGUGGAGAAUCGGAAGAAUAUAGUUGGUGCCCAAAGCAGCUGUCUCACACUUCUACUCAUAAGAACCGAUCCAACAGGGGGCAAGUUCAGCAGUCAAGAAGAAAACCACUGCCACCCCUCCCACCAGAGGAAGAAAAUGGGGAGAAGAUCCAAGUUAUGGCCCUUUAUGACUUCCUUCCUAGAGAACCCUGUAAUUUAGCAUUGAAGAAAUCAGAAGAGUACCUGAUACUAGAGAAGUACAAUCUUCACUGGUGGAAGGCAAGAGACCGAAGAGGGAAUGAAGGAUUAAUCCCUAGCAAUUAUGUGACAGAAUACAAGCUAACCAACUUGGAAAUAUAUGAGUGGUAUCAUAAAAACAUCACUAGAAAUCAGGCUGAAGAUCUAUUGAGACAACAGUCCAAAGAAGGUGCAUUUAUUGUCAGAGAUUCCAGACGUUUGGGAGCUUACACCAUCUCUGUAUACACAAGAAUUAGAAGGAGUGAUGAAAUCCCCAUCAAACAUUAUAAGAUUAGAAACCAUGAUUCAGGCCAAUGCUAUGUGACUGAAAGACACCUUUUCCCAUCAAUCCCAGAACUCAUUCAGUAUCACCAGCACAAUGCAGCAGGUCUCAUGACCCGUCUCCGAUAUCCUGUUAGUUCCAUGGGAAACUGUGUGCCAGCGACAGCUGGUUUUAGCUAUGAGAAAUGGGAGAUUGAUCCAUCUGAGCUGACUUUUAUAAAGGAGUUGGGAAAAGGUCAGUUUGGUGUGGUCCACUUAGGGAAAUGGAGAUCACAUAUCUCAGUUGCUAUUAAGGCCAUCAACCAAGGAGCCAUGUCAGAAGAUGACUUCUUUGAGGAGGCUAAAGUGAUGACGAAAUUAUCACACCCCAGAUUGGUACAACUUUAUGGAGUAUGUAUCCAACAGAAGCCACUCUACAUAGUAACAGAGUUUAUGGAAAAUGGCUCUCUGCUUCAUUUCCUUAGACAGAAACAAGGAAGAAUUGGGAAAGAAAUGCUCCUGAGCAUUUGCCAAGAUGUAUGUGAAGGGAUGGAGUACCUGGAGAGGAGCAGCUUCAUUCACAGAGAUUUAGCUGCCAGAAAUUGUUUGGUCAGCUCUACGGGCAUAGUAAAAAUUUCAGACUUUGGAAUGACAAGGUUUGUUUUGGAUGACGAAUAUAUCAGCUCUUCAGGUGCCAAGUUCCCAGUUAAAUGGUCAGCCCCUGAAGUCUUUCAUUUCAACAAAUAUAGUAGCAAAUCUGAUGUCUGGUCAUUUGGAAUUUUGAUGUGGGAAGUUUUUUCUGAGGGCAAGAUGCCUUUUGCAAAGGAGUCCAAUUUACAAGUUAUGGAAGCUAUUUCCAAAGGCUUCAGGCUUUAUCGUCCGCAACUGGCUUCGAUGACUGUGUAUGAAGUCAUGUAUAGCUGUUGGCAUGAGAAACCCAAAGGCCGCCCUACUUUUGCUGAAUUGACUCAGGCCCUCUCAGACAUAGCAGAGACUGGGUGACCUGAGAUGGAACAUCAAAGCCCCUGACCUCAGUGCCCUGCUUGCUGAACUGUCAAGAAAGGGAGUUCCAUUUUUGGUCAUUGACAAUGACCUUCUUUAGAAAGUUGCUGAUGAUGAAUGAUUUUUGUACACUGUGAAGAUGUAUGAAGCUUUUCAUUUAUUUUAUAUCUCUGAUCAACCGUUUCUUCUCUAUGAAACUGUCAUAAACAUGUGAGAAUGAACAAGUGGCACCAAGUUUCUUUGUAGGAAGCAGAGGAAGCUCUGGGGUUUGAACUAAAAUCCCAAUUUUUCUCUGAGUUUUACAUUAUGAAAAUAUUAUGGCUUUUUUGUCAUAAUCACAGAGAAUAGAAUGAGUUAGAAAAGGACCCUGACUUGUUGGACGUGUGGAUUUAUAGAUUCCCAAAUGUUUCAAUCGGCCAAGACUUUGGGUCUUUCAAAGGAUUUAUUGGAAAGAAGUUGGAAGCCACAAAAAGAGGAAGAUGAUGUAGAAAGAAUCUAUCUUGCCAAGCUAUAGUGAAGCAUGUCAGAGUUCAUGUGUUAGAGGGUUAUGUCCUGACAUGGGGCACCUUAACCUCUCUUCUCUUUCCACUGCCUUUCAUACACAUAAACUCUUACAGAUUUGAAGCUGGUCAAACUGGAAAGAUUGUUGAGAGUUAAGUGGACAGGUUGGUAUUUGUCACCCCAAACUCCUGCAUACCAUUUUUCUCUCCAUCCUUAACUGGGGUGGAAGGGCAGCUUCCUCUGCCCCACUCUCCUUCAACUGCCAACCCCUCCCUAUUAGCUGCAGCACCCAUGCAGUUAAUAAUCCAAAUGAAUUAUUCUCCAAAUGUUCAAUUGUUUUCAGUUUAUUCCCUUGAUAUAAAUAAGGGAAAAAAGAUGACAGGGGGCAGCUGGGUGGCUCAGUGGAUUGAGUCAGGUCUAGAGAACGGAGGUCCUAGGUUCAAAUCUGGCCUCAGACACUUCCCAGCUGUGUGACCCUGGGCAAGUCACUUAACCCCCAUUGCCUAGCCCUUACCACUCUUCUGACAACUGUCAAUUCUGACUUGUGUGGUUAAUGACAGAGUUGAAGACAGGGAGAAGAGAGAUUUUGUUCUUUUUAAAAAACAAAAUGGAGACUAUUAUUUUUCAGUGUGAGCUGGGGAAGGGGGUAUUUUCCCACCAGGAGAGAGAAAAAGUAAAAUAUAUUAUCAUGUCUAGGCUAAAACUUCCUUUACCAAUGGAGAUUGGCAUCUGCUCUGAACCUUAUGGUCUUCAAAAAUUGCCAGGGGGCUUGGAGCCAGUAAAUAAAUUUACCCAGGAAUCACACAACCAUUGUGUGCCAGAGGUGGGACAUCAUGAUGUUGAGUCUCUCUUUAUGCACUAUGCCACCUAACCCUUUUCAUUCAUAUAUUCUUUCCCAAGCUUUGACAUCAUUUGUUCUAGUUGUUUUUUUCUUUCUUUCUAGGAUAUCAUUCUUCCUCCUAGGAAUUCAGCCAUAGAAAUCCUGCUGGCUCCUUGUACUGCCUCUGCCUUAUGAUGGGAAUAGAGGAUUGAAUGAUUUAUUUAUACUUAGAGAUCAGACCACAAAAGAACACUUAGGACCCAUAAAGUCAGAGACAUAACCCUGGUAAAUAGAACCACAAACCUAAUUUUGUCCAGAGAAAUUUCUUCUCUUCCAAGAGUUAGCUAACCUUAAAGUUUUGGGGAUCAAAGAGAAGAAAAAAGAGAAAAUUCAAACAUCCUUUCAUUUAAAACUCUUAGUAAUCCAGUGUGAUGAUCAUUAAAAAUCAAUGGUAAAAGAACAGAGACAUUCAAUGACUUCCUCCUGGUUCUGCAAGACAGGGUGACUGCUUUAUCUAGGACUGUGAGAAUUAGUUUUCCCAAGAGUUUGAGUAAGUUCUUGAGGAAUGUUCUCUGGAAAUUUAAAGACUGUGAUUAACAUAAUGUAACAGAGAUCAUCAGCUAGGAUGGGUUUUACGUCUAUUCCAGGAAGAACUUUUUUCAGAGAUGUCAGUUAAUCAGCUCUGACUGGUGUCAUCUCUGCUCUGAGUCAGAAAUGAGGGAGUACAUUCCAAGCAUGGGGAAUUCUCUUACAUUAAUGCAUGGAGAUAGAAGACAGAAGUGGCAUUUGGGAAAUAGUAUAUCCCAUUGGGUCAUCAUCUUAUCACACACAGAACCACAGAAUCAAGUUAGUUCUAUACUUUUACAGUACCAUGCACUGGACCUUUUGGCUUAACUGGGUAGAAUUUUCUUCAAUAGAGAUGGCGUGGUAGAGAUAUGACAGAGAGAUUUUGCAGGACUUAUGGACAAAGAUGCAGGACUGGAGAUCUAGCUCUAAAAUGCAUCUAGCUCUAGAUGUCUGUCAAGCCAGGAUUCCAUCAGAAUGUCCCCGGGUUGGUGGCAGUGGGAGUUGAGUUGGAGGGUUUGGCUGGCCACAUACUGAGAAGAGAAACUGAGUUUUUUCUGGUGUCUGUGUCAGGGACUUAAGUCACUUUUUCCCUGGAGGUUUUGCCUGGAUACUCUGAGAGGAGAAAUUUGGCUUUUGAACUUUGGCUUUCUAGCUCUGAACAGUUGGAGUUGACCAGGGGGCUUUUUGGUCCCUGGGUCUCUGACUGGGGGACACACAUUUGCUCUCUGGAGUUUGAAGUUGGCUGAGAGACUUUUGUGGAGCUGAUUUGGUUACUUGAAGUUCUCUGACUUUGGAUAGUUGAAAUUGACAAGGAGAAAUCUAACUGAAGAAGAUCUUAAAAAGCCAUUGUCCUCCAUCUCCCUGUCUCAGAGUCACAGUUUGUGACUGGACUAUUUUCUCAAUUUUGCCUCAGACUAGGGACUUCCUCAUCCCCCUUACCUCAGUUUCCCAUCCUGUUAUCCCAAUAAACCCCUUACCUGAGAAAGAAACUUGGAAUAUUUUAUAAUUCACUCAGGAGGGAGGGAAAAUUGGGAGGAGUAGGGUGGUAGGAGGAAGAGGGUUGGAGGAGUGAGGGAAGGAGGUUAGGAAAUAGAUCACUGAUCGUUAGGGAUCAAUAGGCAGAUUCCUCAGUGUCCCCUGUGUACUAGCAUCCCCAUGUGUGUGUGACAUCACCCAGCAGCAUUUCUCUGUCUUCCAUUACCAAUAAGCAGUUUCAGUUUCCCUCAACAGUUUAGAUUCCUACAGCAGCCUCUCUAGUCAAAGCCAUUGUGAAGGAACAGGGUUCCCCUCAGUUUGUCCUAACUCAACAAGUAAGUUUUCUCUCAGCUUACAUCUUUAUUUCAAUGGUACUGCAAUUACUGCUCCCAAAUCCUUUAAUUAAUUGCUUAUUUUCUAUUUCAGGUACCACCAUUUGGGCCGGGCUCUCUUGCUUAGACUAUUGAAAUAGAUUUUUAAAAUAAUUCCCCCCACAUAGAUUAUCUUCUCUCUCCCAAUUCAUCAUACACAUCAGGAUAUUUUUCCUAACUCACAGACCUUAUUAUAUUACUUUCCCAUUAAAAAACUUUCAGUGAGUCCCCAUUUCCUGUUGCAUAAAAUCCAAAUUAACUUUAUUUUACAUUACUCCUUGAGCCAAACAAAUUAAGUUACUUGCUGUUCUCCAAAAGUAUCUCUAUGACCUUUCUUGUUUAUGCAACCCCAAAUGAUUCAGAAUCUAUGUUCACCUCAUGGCCUCUCUAUAAUAGCAUCAUACAUUCUUUCAUCUAUUUCUCUAGUCUCUAAGAACAAGUUCACUUUUCUUCUAAUGAAGACUGGAGACUUUCUGUGACUUUUCCAUUAUCCCCUCCCUCAUUCAACAAAUUAUAGAUUUUCAUCUAGCCUAAAGUUUCUUAACAUGGAAUCUUUAGACUCCCCAAUUGGUCAAUGGAGAGCUUUCAGGAACAUCUAUGAACUUAUAUGGGAAAGAGAUAUAUCCUUAUUUUCACCAACCUCUAACUAAAAUUGAUCAUUCCUUUCAAUUAUGAAUUUUUUAGAUGGACUGUAAUUUGUUUUUUCAUUCCCCAGAUAAUUUCUAUGUUGUUUCCAGUUCUUUGCUACUACUAAAAGUGAUGCUGUGAAUAUUUUGGAGAAUUUGAGAAUUUUCUUUCUAUUUUGAACUAUUUGGGGCAAGUACCUAGCAGUUUCUGGGUCAAAAGAGCAGAUAUUUUAGUCACUUUUUUUUAAACCUUUAGAAUCAAUACUGUGUAUUGGUUCUAAGGCAGAAGAGUGGUAAGGGCUAGGUAAUGGGGGUUAAGUGACUUGUCCAGGGUCACACAGCUAGUGUCUGAGGUCAAAUUUGAGCCCAGGAUCUCUUAUCUCUAGGUCUGGCUCUCAAACCACUGAGCCACUCAGCUGUCCCCUAUUUUAGUCACUUUUUAAAGCAUAAUGACUUUAGUAAAGAAAAAUAAGUCCUCUUCAUUGUUGAAGCCUAGGUGACUAAAUUCAAAUUCUUACCUUUUUCCUCCUUCUGCUAUAAAAGUUUAGGCUGGAUUAUCUUCAAGGUCCUUUUUAGCUCUACCAUUUGAUAAUUUUAAGAGUUCAACAUUAUUUCUUUUAGUUUUUUCUCACCUUCCUCUUGCUGCUGCUUAGAUGGACGAGUUUCCUAAUCUGUGUAAGAAGACUAGAUCAGGAGUCCUGAAUAUUUUCUGUGUUGUGGAUCUCUUUGGAAGUCUGGUGAAGUCUAUGGACAUCUUCUCAAAAUAAUACUUUUCUU